AUGACAUGCUUUUAUUGCAGCUCGGUUUCAUCAAUCCCUGCUAAAUUGAACGUGACUUCUCUCUCUAAUCACAAGCCCAGAUUCUUUUGCUCUCUUGGAGGAGCUAUUGCCGAGCCUAAAACUGUAAAUGCUACUGAGCCAUUGCUGCUCAAUGCCGCCCGAGGGAAAGAAGUUGAGAGACCCCCAGUUUGGCUUAUGAGACAAGCAGGGAGGUACAUGAAGAGUUAUCAAAUCCUCUGCGAGAAGUACCCAUCUUUCCGUGAAAGAUCAGAAAAUGUUGAUCUUGUGGUGGAAAUUUCUCUUCAGCCUUGGGAAGUAUUUAAACCGGAUGGCGUCAUAUUGUUCUCUGAUAUUCUGACCCCUCUGUCUGGCAUGAACAUACCUUUUGACAUUGUGAAAGGUAAGGGUCCUGUCAUAUUUGACCCGAUAAGGACAGCUGGCGAUGUUGAGACAGUGAGAGAAUUCGCUCCCGAUGAGUCAGUACCAUAUGUUGGGGAAGCUCUUACAAUCUUGCGCAAAGAGGUGAACAAUGAAGCAGCAUUGCUUGGUUUUGUUGGAGCUCCUUUUACCCUGGCUUCUUAUGUGGUUGAAGGAGGUUCCUCAAAGCACUUUUCGAAAAUAAAGAGACUAGCAUUCUCAGAGCCCAAGGUUCUUCACGCCCUACUCCAAAAAUUUGCGACCUCCAUGGCCCGAUACAUACAGUACCAGGCUGACAAGGGAGCCCAGGCUGUCCAGAUCUUCGACUCAUGGGCCACGGAGCUGAGCCCGGUGGAUUUCGAGGAGUUCAGCCUUCCCUAUUUGAAACAAAUUGUUGACACAGUGAAGCAGACCCACCCUGGUCUCCCACUCAUACUGUAUGCGAGCGGAUCCGGAGGACUGAUUGAGAGGCUUCCCCUGACGGGUGUUGACGUGGUCAGCCUGGACUGGACAGUGGACAUGGCCGAGGGCCGCAAGAGGCUUGGCCCAGAUGUGGCCGUGCAAGGGAAUGUGGACCCAGGCGUCCUCUUUGGGUCCAAGGAGUUCAUUACCGAGAGGAUUAAGGAUACUGUGAGGAAAGCAGGUAAAGGUAGACAUAUCUUGAAUCUCGGCCAUGGGAUUGUCGUAGGCACACCCGAAGAGAAUGUUGCCCAUUUUUUUGAGGUUGCGAAAGAGCUUAGGUACUAG